AUGGAACAAGACAGAGGUGGCAAGAGGUCCGACUACGAAGACACAGAACCGUUCCCGGGAAAGUACAAAGCAACACAUCGCACUUACAACCACGCCCUGGUUGGCGAUUGGCUGAUUCUCACCCUCCUUUUGCACUCUCACCCUUUUCGCCUGCUGGUCAUGUGUCUCUACGUCGCCCACGUCCGUGUCUGCGCUCACUGCAGCCUGGAAGACACCGUGCUCAUCUCGGAGCGGCUUUGCCAGGAUGCCGCGCGCAACGGCAUAUUUGCCAGCUGUGGCACUGGCCCAGGCACACGGCGCAAUCCGACGAGAUACCAGUGCUGGGGAUGUCGCGAGGCGAUCGACGUGCGCAUGUCUGGAACAGCGCCUGCCUUGACGCCGCGGCAGAUCAGCCUGAAAUGA